CUUCCCCAUUUCCUGAUGUUCCUUCCCAUUUCAGAGGAGAGAGGCAGGAGCUGUGGAAUUUGCACAAAAAUUCUUUAAACAAAUCAUGUGGCGGUCAUCCAAAGUACAUGUGGCAGAUGAGUUACAGCUGCCACCACAGGAGGAGUGCCUAUCAUGGCUCUCUUUCUCGGCUAUUGAGGCACAUUUUUAUGAGAGGCAACAUGAAACCUGUGUGAGUUGUGCCCGUGAAGUUAUUGAGAAUUUCAAGGAUGAUAUUCAUAAAAGAAAAUUUCUAGGUUGUGAAUCAUCUGGUGCUGAUCUAUUUCUUACCCAUAAUGAGGCUUCUAAGCUGCUCAGCUCACUUUUGAAGCUUCGUCAGGCCUGCUGUCAUCCUCAAGUAGGUAGUUCUGGGUUGCGUUCAUUGCAACAGUCUCCAAUGACCAUGGAGGAGAUAUUGGUGGUUCUCAUGGGUAAGACCAAAACAGAAGGGGAGGAAGCUCUACGGAGAUUGGUUGUGGCCCUGAAUGGACUGGCAGGGAUAGCCAUAAUUGAGCAAGAUCUUGUUCGAGCAGUAUCUCUGUACAAAGAAGCACUCGCAUUAGCUGAAAAGAACUCUGAGGAUUUCCGAUUGGACCCUUUGUUGAAUCUUCACAUUCAUCAUAAUCUGGCUGAAAUACUCCCAGUUAUCUCAGGUUAUACACAAAAAUGCUCACCAAUUGGAGAACAGUUCCCUGGGAACCCUAAAGCAAAGGCAUCACAAGUAUAUGAAACUGAUGAGUAUCAACAGUCCCCACUGAAGAGACAAAAACUGAGCAAUGAUGGUGACGUGGAUAUAAUUUAUGAUGUUACACAUCAAGAAUAUCAAGAGAAAUUACCCGAUUUUACCUCUAACCUAUCAGAAAAUGGUGUUGAAGGGACCAAAGUUGUGGUCCAGAUGGAAUAUGAUGCGCAAACCACAGUAUCAACUGGCUCAUUCAGUGACAGUUGUUUGAGAACGACUUGUGAAAAUAUUAAACAAAAGUACUUGUCGGCAUUCAUUUCUAAGCUGUCAUUGGCUCAACAAGAGUUUAAAAAUUCAUAUGUGCAGGUCUGUAAUUUAUUAAGUGACAGAAAAAAUAAUAAUACAAAUUGGUGGUUAGAAGCCCUUCUCCAUAUUGAGCAGAACAAGGACUCCUCGAAUGAGUUGAUUGGAAAAGUUGGUGAAGCUGUCUGUACGACUUUAAAUGCCUCCAAGUCCUCGAGAAUUCCUUUAAGGUUUCGAAGCAUAAGUGGAUUAAAAUAUCUAAUCCAAUCUGGUCUAGAGUCAUUGGAAACUUCUAGACAAAAGUUAAUUGAACGACUCCUUGAAAUUGACCAGACAAUGGAUAACCCAAGAGAUGAGGAUAUUGAACAUAUGAGAUACUGUCCGAACUGUCAAGACAACGACAAUGGUCCUAUAUGCGUGCUCUGUGAACUUGAUGAGCUAUUUCAGGUCUACGGAGCAAGGCUCUUUCGUCCUUCAAAAGGGAAUGAUGGAGGGCUGAUUGUAUCUGCUGAAGAGGCAGUAGACUUGCAAAAGAGAAGAUCUGAACUGAAUCGUUUCUAUAAAGCCUUGUCUCAUCCCAGUAAGGAUUCAAAUUCAUCCACAGUUGGGGAUGAAGAGAGUAAAAAGAAGAGGGAUGUCAGGGAAAAAGUAGUAGUUUCAAGAUUUCCAUCUGAAUUGGAGAUUCUCCUUAAGAUUAUCAGGAGUUAUUCCAAAUCUCAUUUAGGAAGACGAGGGAUGUCAGCUGCGUCAAAGCAACUACGUCUUGUUGAGGAUAUGAAGAGGGAGUAUACCCAGGCAAGGUCCUUGGCAACUGCUCAGGCUCAAGUCCUGCGUGCUCAUGAUGAGAUAAAAAUGGCAACCUCACGGUUGCGCCUGAGGAACACCGAGAGUGACACUUCAUCCAUUGAUACUUUAUGUUCAGAAGAAUUAAUCGCAGCUAGCGUGGAGUUCUCCAAUGAAAAGUUUAUGUAUUUGUCCUCAUUAUCACGUAUAAAAGGGCAACUUCGUUAUUUGAAGGGACUAGUUCAGUCUAAACAAAAAGUACAGUUGGUGAACCUUGAUACUACAUCCCUGCCUCAAGGUGCAAUUAACUCAUCAGAUGCUGCUUAUUCUACAAUUGAACAAAGUGAACUUGUUAGUAGAGCUGAUGAUGAGGCCUGCCCUGUUUGUCAAGAAAAGCUCAACAAUCAGAAAAUGGUAUUUCAAUGUGGGCAUGUCACUUGCUGGAAAUGUAAGUCUAAUCAUCACCUUUAAGUUACAUUUUCAUUUCUUACAGCUUCAGUCAAAGGCCUUAUACUUGAGGUGGAAAACUA